UUGAUUAAUUUAAAGCAGUAUACUCAUACGUACAAGCUGAAAUGUCGGUGGACGAAUGCAGCAGCGCACUGUCAAAAAUUUUACAAUGGCAAGAGAAAAAAAAGUACAGAUUUAUCUCAUCACAAAUCAAUCAGCGGUCAGUUCAGUCUUUCUAGACUACAAAAUAAUAAUAAUAAUAAUAAUAAUAAUAAUAAUAAUAAUAAUAAUAAUAAAUAAAAUAAAAAAAUCCCAUCUAACAAACAAGCAACCGAGAUUAGAUAACAACAAACAACAAAAACAAAAAACUCCCAACAUUUCAAAUCGUUUUAAUGUAGGCUGGAGAAAGUGACGGCUUUAGGUGAAAUAUGUGCUCUUAAUGCCGUCUGCAUAUCCUAACCUGUAGGCGUCUAGGCUUCAGAGCAGGAUGUUCAGGAGGAGAGAAACUCUCCAGCGCACCGAGGCUGUGAUUGGCCAAUUGUACUGACAGCUCCCCCGUUGAUUGGCCGGCUGCACUGACAGCCCGACCCCCUUUCACUCCAGCUAGAGGACCAUUCAUAAACUAAACAAUUCCAGCACUCACGGCUGAGUCUGGACAACUGCACACUGGCGCACAGUUUUCAUGCGCAAACACAAGUGAGAGAGAUGACUUGACGCUCGGAGAUUUAUCUCACAGCUGAUACAGGCUUGGCGAACAAACAAUUUUAAAACCUUUACAAGUUGAUUUGUAAAAGUAGAGUCGCGUUGCGUUGUAUCUCUAUCUGUUUCCUGCCCCAAACUUGACGUCUAUCCGCUGUGGGCGCAAACUUCAUCAGUUUUUUUUUUCUUUUCUUUUUUUUUUUUUUUUUUUUUUUUUUUCUGUUUGCUGGGAGUUGUGCCUCUGGCUUCACCGGUCAGCAUUGGAUCCAUCGGCGUACUGCGAAACUCCGGUUUACAGUCCGGAUCUGUGCCCAAACAUGAUUGCAACGCAAGCAAAGCUGGUUUACCAGCUCAAUAAAUAUUACAACGAGAGAUGCCAGGCGCGCAAAGCGGCCAUCGCCAAGACCAUUCGCGAGGUGUGUAAGGUGGUGUCGGACGUGUUGAAGGAGGUAGAGGUCCAAGAGCCCCGUUUCAUCAGCUCUCUGAGCGAGAUAGACGCGCGCUACGAGGGCAUGGAGGUCAUCGCACCCAAUGAGUUUGAGGUCGUGCUUUACCUGAACCAGAUGGGAGUCUUUAACUUCGUGGAUGACGGCUCUCUGCCGGGCUGCGCCGUGCUCAAACUCAGCGACGGCCGCAAACGGAGCAUGUCCCUGUGGGUGGAGUUCAUCACCGCCUCCGGUUAUCUCUCCGCCCGAAAAAUCCGCUCCCGCUUUCAGACCCUGGUGGCCCAGGCCGUGGAUAAAUGCAGCUAUCGGGACGUGGUUAAAAUGGUGGCGGACACGAGCGAAGUGAAACUGCGCAUUCGGGAGAGGUAUGUGGUGCAAAUCACCCCAGCCUUCAAGUGCACGGGCAUCUGGCCUAGAAGUGCCGCCCAAUGGCCCAUGCCCCACAUCCCAUGGCCAGGGCCGAACCGGGUGGCGGAGGUGAAAGCGGAGGGUUUUAACCUCCUCUCUAAAGAGUGCUACUCGUUAACGGGGAAACAGAGCUCGGCGGAGAGCGACGCCUGGGUUUUGCAGUUUGCUGAGGCCGAGAACAGGCUUCUGAUGUCAGGUUGUAGGAAAAAAUGCCUCUCUGUUCUAAAGACUCUCCGUGACCGACACCUUGAGCUGCCGGGACAGCCGCUCAAUAACUACCAUAUGAAGACCCUGCUGCUGUACGAGUGUGAGAAACACCCGCGGGAAACUGACUGGGAUGAGUCGUGCCUCGGCGACCGUCUGAACGGCAUUCUGCUGCAGCUCAUCUCCUGUCUGCAGUGCCGCCGGUGCCCACAUUACUUCUUACCCAAUCUAGACUUGUUUCAGGGUAAACCACACUCAGCGCUGGAAACAGCGGCCAAACAAACCUGGAGACUGGCCAGAGAAAUCCUUACCAAUGCUAAAAGUUUGGAUAAACUGUAAGAUGCAAAAAAAUAAAAAAUAAAUAAAAAGAAGAAGAGGAAGAAAGGACAGAUUAUGCCGUUUAUGAACGGGACUUUGAGAUCGCAUCACUGAAAGUGGAGAGACUGUGAUCUUGGUGCUCUGAGAAAUAAAACCAAGAAAAAAAGAUUAAUAAAAAAACCCCGAAGCAUUUGCUUUUGCCAAGGUUCAAACAGGACAUUGCAAGAGAGAGAAAGAGAGAGAAGUUAAGAGCCAGUGACCCGGAAACAGAUCAAAGUCCGCCAUUAAGAAGGACGUACCAAUUCUCUGAAUGCAUCUGAGGAGGCAGGCACAGAGGACAGAGGAAGCUUUCUGAGGACAGCAAGGAAGCACAGGUGGAUCCUA